AUGGCUCUGACAACUCCAACUCAAGAAAGGAACAACGGCAGUAAGAAGCCAUCCAGCAGAAGGAGAAAAAAAAGAAGAACUGAGGAUUUCUCUUCGUCAUCGGAGUCAUCAUCCUCUGAUUCGGAGCCGGAACAGGAGCUGGACCAAGAUGAGGAGGUAGACGUCACUAAAGAUGGAGUAGCGCAAGUAGACGCCAGUGCCAUAGAUAUCGACAUAGACUCAGACCCAGAACAGGCGAAAGGAGACCAACGUAACAAUGCACCCAAAGACUUGACCAAUGACCAGAAACGACAGCUUCAGCUGAUCCCAUUCACGACAACAUCGCUCUCACAAGUCACCAACCCAAACACGGCGGUCGCGAUGAGAAACAUACCAAACAUUGCCGAAGUGGGCAAAAGCAUAGACGCAUCGAAACAGGAGAUCGGUGCAAAAUUUUUGAAAAUCAUGACUCAAGAGUUCGACGAUGAUUUGGAUGAGUUGAGAAAGAAGCCGGACUUCACCGACAAGUCUUUGAUAAGCCUAGCAAAGACCCUACAGUCGGGGGUCAAUAUGUUUGACUAUGACACGGUGAUGGCGCUUUUCCAGGCGCAAAGUGAAGCAGAAAUUGAAAAGUGA